GAUCUAUUUUAUUAAUAACAGGUCCUCCUGGAUGUGGUAAGACAACUACUUUAAAAAUACUAUCAAAGGAGCUUGGUAUUCAAGUACAAGAGUGGAUUAAUCCAGUUUUGCCAGAAUUCCAAAAAGAUGACUUCAAGGAAAUACUUAAUUAUGAAUCAAACUUCCAUGUAUUUCCUUAUCAAUCUCAGAUAUCAACUUUCAAAGAGUUUCUACUAAGAGCAGCAAAGUAUACUAAUCUGCAAAUGCUUGGAGAUGAUCUGAGAACUGAUAAGAAGAUAAUUCUGGUUGAAGAUUUUCCUAACCAGUUUUUUCGAGAUCCUCAUACUUUACAUGAAAUUCUAAGGAAAUAUGUGCAGAUUGGUCGUUGUCCUCUUGUAUUUAUAGUCUCUGACAGUGUCAGUGGAGAUAAUCACCAUAGGUUACUCUUCCCUAAAAUAAUUCAAGAAGAGUGUUCUAUCGCAAGUAUUAGUUUCAACCCUGUGGCACCAACAAUUAUGAUGAAAUUUCUCAGUCGAAUAGUGACCAUGGAAGCUAAUAAGAAUGGAGGAAAAACUACUGUUCCUGAUAAAACUUCUCUAGAGUUGCUUUGCCAAGGAUGUUCUGGUGACAUCAGAAGUGCAAUAAAUAGCCUCCAGUUUUCUUCCAAAGGAGAGAACAAUUUACAGCCAAGGAAAAAAGGAAUGUCAUUAAAAUCAGAUGGUGCACUGUCAAAAUCAAAACGAGGAAAAAAACCGGAUGGUGCUUUUGAAAAUCAGGAGGUCCAGCCCAUUGGUGGCAAGGAUGUCUCUCUCUUUCUCUUCAGAGCUUUGGGGAAAAUUCUGUAUUGUAAAAGAGCACCUUUAGCAGAAUUAGACUCACCUCGGCUACCGUCUCAUUUAUCAGAGCAUGAUCGGGAUACAUUACUUGUUCAACCCGAGGAAAUAGUAGAAAUGUCACACAUGCCAGGAGAGUUGUUUAAUUUAUAUCUUCACCAAAACUACGUAGAUUUCUUCAUGGAAAUAGAUGAUCUUGUCAGAGCCAGUGAAUUUCUGAGUUUUGCAGAUAUCAUCAGUGGGAACUGGAAUUCACGCUCUUUACUCGGGGAAUAUAGUACGUCUGUAGCUACAAGAGGUGUGAUACAUGCCAACAAAGCCCGAGGAUUUGCUCAUUGCCAAGGAGGAUCAAGUUUUCGACCCUUGCACAAGCCUCAGUGGUUUUUAAUACACAAAAAGUAUCGGGAAAAUUGCCUGGCAGCAAAAGCACUUUUUUCUGACUUCUGCCUACCAGCUUUAUGCCUUCAAACACAGCUGUUGCCCUAUCUUGCUCUGCUCACCAUUCCAAUGCGAAAUCAAGCUCAGAUUUCUUUUAUCCAAGAUAUUGGAAGACUUCCUCUGAAGAGACACUUUGGAAGAUUGAAAAUGGAGGCCUUAACUGAUAGGGAGCAUGGAUUGAUGGACCACGACAAUGGAGAUGAAGCACACCUCAGUGGAGGACAUCCAGCAGAGGAAGUGCCUGCUGAAGCUGCUCACACUGCAGAAGAGGAAACCUGGUCAAUUCCUUUGAGUCAGAACAGCGGGAGUGACCUGCCUGCCAGCCAGCUUUGGCCCUCUUCCUGGAAAGCUGAUAUGGAAGAAGACAACAUUAUAAUAGAGGAAUGGGACAGUGAUGGGACAUAGGAGCCACCUGCCAAUCAGAUAGCUACUCAACACUCAGUUAGUUGUACUCAGUGGUACUUAUACAGAAUUAAUAUACUUUUCUGGAGAAUUACGUUUUUAUAAUUCUUUACACUUUAUCACAAGCAACUGAAUCGUGGUCAUAUUGAAGUAAACAAAAGUUCAAGCCUAAAAGCAUGCUCUGUUUCCCCCUAAUAUUUAGGCUUGUCAGUGCUUUAGGGAGAACAAGGAGGUCAGUGCGUGUGAAGUAUGUUUGAACAUUAUGCCAAAUAGCAGAAAAUGUGAACGAAUAACCCAGAAUACAAAAAUUUAUGAUGUAAAUACGAUUUAUAAAAUAGGAUGCAAUUAUGAGUGUAAAUAAACGUUGUGCCUUAUUUUCAGAGUAUUGUCUCCAGCUCCUCAGAUACCAUUUUUAUAUGUUGUACGGUAGAAUAUUUUACUUUUUGGAAAAUAUUUACAUAAUUUAUAUCGAAAUUAAAAUGUUGGAUUUCA